GUACUGGAGUGCGAGUGAGGUGGAGGCGCCUCUGGCUUCUUCCGAAAGAAGUGCCUGUAACUGAUUAUAGCGCUGAAUUCCUCUGAAUACUCAGUAUAUCGGGCUUCACCGUGUCACGCGUGCUGGUUGUGGUUUGUUCUUCCAGCUUUUACAUGUUACGCCUUCGUAGCGCUGUGAAAAAAUGAGUCUGUUGGAAAUCAGCGAGAAUGUGAAGCUGGCCAGAGAAUAUGCGCUGCUGGGCAACUACAGCUCAGCUGUGGUUUGCUAUGAGGGGGUAUCGGAGCAGAUCAAGAAGUACUUGUUUUCAGUACGCGACUCCUCUCUGCAGCAGAAAUGGCAACAGGUCUGGCAGGAGAUCAGCGAGGAAAGCAAGCACGUUAGGGACAUCAUGAGGACACUGGAGAGUUUCCAGUUGGAGGCUGCCCCGUCCAAGCCGAGCGGUUUCAGCCAAGAGAACGACAUCACGCCAGUUCAAGUGGAACAUAGGUCGUCUCCAUGUGCGGUACGCAGGGCCCCGGUACCGUAUCGAGAAGCUAAACCUCACGGCAACCGACUGAGCGUUGGCCCUCGCUCCCAGCACCGACAGUCACCACGCAUCCCCAACGGCGACAGAGCAAAACCUCCAAAAGGCAAAGAGAAGAAAGAGAAUGUGUCCAAGCAGAAAGAGGACAAGAACAAACCCGAGGCCUCAGAGACAGAGGUGAAAAAGUUUGACAGAGGAGGAGAAGAUAAAGACCUGAUUGAGACGCUGGAACGAGACAUCAUUUCCCAGAACCCUAACGUGAAAUGGGAUGACAUAGCUGACCUGGAGGAAGCGAAGAAGCUGCUGAAGGAGGCGGUGGUUCUGCCCAUGUGGAUGCCGGAGUUCUUUAAGGGAAUUCGACGACCAUGGAAGGGCGUGCUGAUGGUGGGGCCCCCAGGCACCGGAAAGACUCUGCUGGCAAAAGCUGUAGCCACAGAAUGCAGGACAACCUUCUUUAAUGUUUCUUCUUCCACCCUUACUUCCAAAUACAGAGGGGAGUCUGAGAAACUUGUGCGCCUGCUGUUUGAAAUGGCACGGUUUUAUGCUCCCACUACCAUCUUCAUCGAUGAGAUUGACUCUAUGUGCAGCCGCAGAGGAACAUCAGAGGAACACGAAGCCAGCAGACGCGUCAAAGCUGAACUACUGGUGCAAAUGGACGGUGUUGGAGGAACAUCUGAAAAUGACCCCUCCAAAAUGGUGAUGGUUCUGGCAGCCACUAACUUUCCCUGGGACAUUGAUGAAGCUCUAAGACGCAGGCUAGAAAAAAGAAUCUACAUUCCGUUGCCUUCAGCUAAGGGUCGGGUUGACCUGUUGAAGAUAAAUCUAAAAGAGCUGGAACUGGCGAAUGAUGUGGACCUGGACAAGAUUGCUGAGCAGAUGGAGGGCUAUUCAGGAGCUGACAUCACCAAUGUCUGCAGGGAUGCGUCUCUAAUGGCGAUGAGGAGGCGGAUCGAGGGAUUGACCCCCGAGGAGAUCCGCAACAUUUCCAAAGAUGAGAUGCACAUGCCAACGACCAUGGAGGACUUUGAGACGGCUCUGAAGAAAGUGUCAAAGUCCGUCUCGGCUGCUGAUCUGGAGAAAUAUGAGAAGUGGAUCGCCGAAUUUGGCUCCUGCUGACCCACCCUGAUGUUACUUAUGGGGUAAAAUUUGGAUUCUGUAGUUUCUAGUUUAAAUCAAACCAACUUUUAGCACUUUGGAAUACUGUGGGCCAAUUUCUGUUGUUUCACUGAAGAAUCCUGUCAGUAGGCUUGGUGGUGGUGUCUGAAAUCACAUCCUAUUGACCAGUUUUAGCUGCUGACUACAGGACUGGGGUGUCAUGCAUUCUGGAGGAAAGGUUCAGCUCUGGGAUCAUCUUCCGUUUGAGAUAUGAAAGCUCCAAACUGAUGUGUGGUCAUUCAGUACUAGUUUUUGGAAGUGAUGAAACAUGAGACCUUCAGAGCAGUUGGUCUUCUGGGAAACAUUUUGAACUGCCUUACUCACACAAGCCUUUCUUCUCUAGAGGUAAUGUCACUGCAAUAAAUGAGUAGUCAGUCAGUUACAAUGAUUGGUUGUGAUGGUCUUGAUAUACCAAAAAAAUGUAAUACUUAAAAAUCUAGAUAUUUUCAAAGUAAUUUUUUAAGGGUUUUUGUCAUGCAGUCACCAUGCCAAUGAUCCAAGGAGUGGUAUCACUUAGUUUGAGGUUUAUUUCUAUACACUACUGCCAAUCACUGGCCUUUUUGCAGUGAACAAGCUAUGCAAGCACUUGAUUUAGCUGAUUUGUGCCUUUUAAACUGACCAAGGUCAGAAAGGAAAGGCCAUCUUUAUGGUGUAGGACUUUUUUUUAAAAGACCAAACUCUAAGAGAUGUGUGUUUGCCUUUGUCCAUGUCCAUUGUGUGCUAUUCGUUGUUUUUCAUAUAGUGGACAAUUGUGUGAAAAUGUGUUAAUUAUUGCUUUAUAGAAGUAAAUAAAGUUUUUAUAUUGGAAUAAAUUUUUUUAGGAAGUGCUUCCAAGUUGUCUUGUUUUAAAAUACCGUUACUGGAUGGCUACAUUUUGUUUAUUCACUUAACCUGUUGUAAAGAGAAGAACACAAGUUCCAAGAACACAUCUUCACACAAACUUGUGUCAGACCCAAAAUACAACUGUUUUUUUUAUUAAUUAAACAUAGUGCAAGCACAUUAUGCAUUGCAAGUCUCAGUUUACAUGCUCUUGAUAACCUCGUACUACAAUAUUGCUGAUGAAAAGCCAAAAAACAUCUCAUUGCUCUAUGAAACAUAAAUAGGAUGUGAAUGAACAGAAGUGACUUGAGGUAUAAUUUCAUUUUCAUCUUGUUUCACGGACACAGAUCGAAGAGUGUCCUUGGGGAUAUAAUACAAAACUGGAUUAACUGGUUAGCAGCCCCACUUGUCCAUUUUCAGGUAAGCAGUUUCUGACCAAACCCAAGUUAAUAUUACUCCAACCACUCUGUGCCACCCCAAGUCAAAUUAGUGUGCAAACUCAUUGAAAACCCCCUCCCAGCAGUCAAAGAAAACCAUAAGUGUCUAAACACAAAUGCAGAAAAAAAACUUCAUCAAAGGGCUGUUCACUCAAGUGAGGCUGUGUGUAAGACAGUUCAUCCAGUGUAUAUUCUUGUUUCACUUGGAACAACUGUGACUAGAAGUGUUACAGACAAUGGCCUCUUUGGAGGUGCACAUUUAAUAA